AUGAUGUUGUUUUCUUCACUAGAUGACGAUGAUGAAGAUGAAGAUGUUGUUGCCUCUUCACUAGAUGAUGAUGAAGAUGAUGUUGUUUCUUCACUAGAUGAUGAUGAUGAAGAUGAUGUUGUCUCUUCACUAGAUGAUGAUGAAGAUGAUGAUGUUGUUGUCUCUUCACUAGAUGAUGAUGAAGAUGAUGAUGUUUCUUCACUUGACGAUGAUGAUGAAGAUGAUGAUGUUUCUUCACUUGACGAUGAUGAUAAAGAUGAAGAUGUUGUUGUCUCGUCACUAGAUGAUGAUGAAGAUGAUGUUGUUUCUUCACUAGAUGACGAUGAUGAAGAUGAUGAUGUUUCUUCACUGGACGAUGAUGAUGAAGAUGAAGAUGUUGUUGUCUCGUCACUAGAUGAUGAUGAUGUUGUUGUUUCUUCACUAGAUGAUGAUGAAGAUGAUGAUGUUUCUUCACUAGAUGAUGAUGAUGAAGAUGUUGUUGUCUCGUCACUAGAUGAUGAUGAUGAAGAUGUUUCUUCACUUGACGAUGAUGAUGAUGUUGUUGCCUCUUCACUAGAUGAUGAUGAAGAUGAUGAUGUUUCUUCACCUGACGAUGAUGAUAAAGAUGAAGAUGUUGUUGUCUCUUCACUAGAUGAUGAUGAAGAUGAUGUUGUUUCUUCACUAGAUGACGAUGAUGAAGAUGAAGAUGUUAUUGCCUCUUCACUAGAUGAUGAUGAAGAUGAUGUUGUCUCGUCACUUGACGAUGAUGAUGAAGAUGAAGAUGUUGUUGUCUCGUCACUAGAUGAUGAUGAUGUUGUUGUUUCUUCACUAGAUGAUGAUGAAGAUGAUGUUGUCUCUUCACUUGACGAUGAUGAUGAAGAUGAAGAUGUUGUUGUCUCGUCACUAGAUGAUGCUGAAGAUGAUGUUGUCUCUUCACUUGACGAUGAUGAUGAAGAUGAAGAUGUUGUUGUCUCGUCAUUAGAUGAUGAUGAUGUUGUUGUUUCUUCACUAGAUGAUGAUGAAGAUGAUGAUGUUUCUUCACUAGAUGAUGAUGAUGAAGAUGUUGUUGUCUCGUCACUAGAUGAUGAUGAUGAAGAUGUUUCUUCACUUGACGAUGAUGAUGAUGUUGUUGCCUCUUCACUAGAUGAUGAUGAAGAUGAUGAUGUUUCUUCACCUGACGAUGAUGAUAAAGAUGAAGAUGUUGUUGUCUCUUCACUAGAUGAUGAUGAAGAUGAUGUUGUUUCUUCACUAGAUGACGAUGAUGAAGAUGAAGAUGUUAUUGCCUCUUCACUAGAUGAUGAUGAAGAUGAUGAUGUUUCUUCACUAGAUGAUGAUGAUGAAGAUGUUGUUGUCUCGUCACUAGAUGAUGAUGAAGAUGAUGAUGUUUCUUCACUAGAUGAUGAUGAUGAAGAUGUUGUUGUCUCUUCACUAGAUGAUGAUGAAGAUGAAGAUGUUGUUGUCUCUUCACUAGAUGAUGAUGAAGAUGAUGAUGUUUCUUCACUUGACGAUGAUGAUGAAGAUGAUGAUGUUUCUUCACUUGACGAUGAUGAUGUUGUUUCUUCACUAGAUGACGAUGAUGAAGAUGAAGAUGUUGUUGCCUCUUCACUAGAUGAUGAUGAAGAUGAUGUUGUUUCUUCACUAGAUGAUGAUGAUGAAGAUGAUGUUGUCUCUUCACUAGAUGAUGAUGAAGAUGAUGAUGUUGUUGUCUCUUCACUAGAUGAUGAUGAAGAUGAUGAUGUUUCUUCACUUGACGAUGAUGAUGAAGAUGAUGAUGUUUCUUCACUUGACGAUGAUGAUGAAGAUGAUGAUGUUUCUUCACUUGACGAUGAUGAUGUUGUUGUUUCUUCACUAGAUGAUGAUGAAGAUGAUGAUGUUUCUUCACUGGACGAUGAUGAUGAAGAUGAAGAUGUUGUUGUCUCGUCACUAGAUGAUGAUGAAGAUGAUGAUGUUUCUUCACUAGAUGAUGAUGAUGAAGAUGUUGUUGUCUCUUCACUAGAUGAUGAUGAAGAUGAUGAUGUUUCUUCACUUGACGAUGAUGAUGAAGAUGAUGAUGUUUCUUCACUUGACGAUGAUGAUGUUGUUUCUUCACUAGAUGACGAUGAUGAAGAUGAAGAUGUUGUUGCCUCUUCACUAGAUGAUGAUGAAGAUGAUGUUGUUUCUUCACUAGAUGAUGAUGAUGAAGAUGAUGUUGUCUCUUCACUAGAUGAUGAUGAAGAUGAUGAUGUUGUUGUCUCUUCACUAGAUGAUGAUGAAGAUGAUGAUGUUUCUUCACUUGACGAUGAUGAUGAAGAUGAUGAUGUUUCUUCACUUGACGAUGAUGAUGAAGAUGAUGAUGUUUCUUCACUUGACGAUGAUGAUGUUGUUGUUUCUUCACUAGAUGAUGAUGAUGAAGAUGAUGAUGUUUCUUCACUGGACGAUGAUGAUGAAGAUGAAGAUGUUGUCUCGUCACUAGAUGAUGAUGAAGAUGAUGUUUCUUCACUAGAUGAUGAUGAUGAAGAUGUUGUUGUCUCUUCACUAGAUGAUGAUGAAGAUGAAGAUGUUGUUGUCUCUUCACUAGAUGAUGAUGAAGAUGAUGAUGUUUCUUCACUUGACGAUGAUGAUGAAGAUGAUGAUGUUUCUUCACUUGACGAUGAUGAUGUUGUUUCUUCACUAGAUGACGAUGAUGAAGAUGAAGAUGUUGUUGCCUCUUCACUAGAUGAUGAUGAAGAUGAUGUUGUUUCUUCACUAGAUGAUGAUGAUGAAGAUGAUGUUGUCUCUUCACUAGAUGAUGAUGAAGAUUGA